AUGAUUAAGUACGAUUUCUUCACAAUCUUUCUCUUCAUCCUUGUCACAAGUGGGUGUUGGGGUUGCUCAAAUGUGGAUGUUAAGGUGAUUAUAGGUCCCUCAGGAAGACAAGUACAAGGCAAGCCAGAAUGGACAGUGAUUGUUUUCAACAGCUGCACUUGUCCGGUGGGUGGUAUUGUUUUAUCAUGUCCUGAAUUCGAAACAGUUGAACCCAUCGAUCCAUCGAUGUUCUUGAGAUCCGGUGAUGGUCGUUGCCUCAUCAACCAAGGAAAUGACUUGCUGCCUAAAACUUUUAUUAGAUUUGCUUAUGCAUGGGAUACAAAGUUUAAUCUUCCUGUUAGGGACAUUAAUCCUGAAUGCUAA